GGUCGCGGAAACCUGGCGAUCUACGCGAUGAAGAAGUCGAUUUUUAUCUUUGUUCUGUUACUUUUGUGCUUCAUGAUACUUGCUUAUGUCUCAUCACAAGGCUUUUGUAACGCAGACCAAUGCCGCGUGUUGGAGUUUACCCCUGAAAAAGCAUUUGACGGUAAACGUCUCAUAAACCACGUCAUUCGCAUCGUUGAAGUUCUGACAAUGAGUUUUUGUGACAACAUGUGUUAUAUGGAACCUGACUGUGUCAGCAUUAAUGUUCAUAAACAAGUGAGCGGUCAUGGAGGCUACAAAUGUGAACUGAAUAAUGUUACUCACGAAAGACACGAACACGACCUGGAGAAGAAAGACGAUUACUUUUAUCAUGCAGCUGAGAGCGCUUGUGUUGAUAACCCUUGCGAUAACAAUUCUACUUGUCAAAGCGGUUUUACUAACAAAGGAUAUCGCUGUUUGUGUACCACUGGAUUCAAAGGUCCAAGGUGUAAGAAAGAUAUAAACGAGUGCGCUGAUGGAACAUCCAAGUGCAGUGCUGACGCUAUGUGCAACAAUACCGAGGGAUCGUAUCGCUGCAAAUGCAAACCAGGAUUUACCGGGAAUGGACGGACUUGCAAAGAUAUCGACGAGUGUGCUACAGGAAAAACGAACUGCAGUGCUGAUGCUGUGUGCAACAAUACUAAGGGAUCGUACAACUGUACAUGCAAACAGGGUUACUAUGGAGAUGGAAAUAUCUGCCGUUUGGCUUCGACGUGUAAGGAAAUUUUCGACCGGAAUGGGUCGAGACGAAGCCAAGUAUACCCGCUGAUGUUUGGUUCACAAAAGAUCCCGGUUUACUGUCACAUGGGAAACUUCGGAUGCGGGAAUGGAGGAUGGACGCCGGCCAUGAAGAUUGACGGCACGAAGAGAACUUUCCAUUACGAUUCCCACUUCUGGAGAAACAGAAAUGCCUAUAACUUUGCUGGAGCCAAGACUGGCUUUGACUUACAAGAGACCAAGUUACCGACUUACUGGAACACACCCUUCUCCAAGAUCUGCCUUGGUAUGAAGAUUGGUCAUCAGCUCAGGUUUAUUGCCAUCAACAGGCAAGCCAACUCACUGUACUUAUUGAUCGCUGAUGGAAAAUACCGCGCCACCUCAUUGGGUCAAAACACGUGGAAAACGCUUAUUGGUUCGCUGGCCUCCUUGCAGCAUAACUGCAACAAAGAAGGGUUCAAUGCUAUGGGUAGUGCUAAUGGCUCUUCCAGAGCAAGGAUUGGUUUCCUUGGGAAUAAUGAGGGAGACUGCAUAACCCCUGAUUCUAGAAUUGGUUUUGGUACAGGAGGAUACCAUGAUGACAACAACACGUGUGGAAACGAGGCAAUAAACCACACAUCGUCAGAUAAUGGAGGCAAACACAUCAAAGCCAUGGGAUACAUCUUGGUGCAGUGA